AUGAGAGGGAGGAAAGUACUAAAAUUGAAAAGUUUUAGGGGGCAAAGUGCAUUUUGUCCAUUUAUCAGGGGUAUAAAUAUAAUAAUUACAUUUAUCAGGGCAAAAUGCUGGAAUAUUUGGGCUAAUCCAAUUUCGAUUUGGGCUAUUCCAAUUUGUAUUUGGGCUAAUCCAAUUUCAAUUUGGGCCGAAGAUUUGUUGAAACGAGACAGUCAAAUAUACAUAACAACGCAGCUAGGGUUUUUACACUUCUUCUCCAACUGCGGCCAACCAGCUCAAGCUCUCUCCCCCGGAAUUGAAACCAUGCCUAAGCAAAUCCACGAGAUCAAGGAUUUCCUUCUCACUGCAAGAAGGAAAGAUGCACGAUCGGUGAAAAUCAAGAGAAGCAAGGAUGCAGUCAAGUUCAAAGUCCGUUGCUCAAAGUACCUUUACACCCUUUGCGUGUUCGACACCGAGAAGGCCGACAAGUUGAAGCAAUCCCUCCCACCAGGUUUGAGCGUGCAGGACCUGUAGAUUCGAUGGAAAAGGUUUCGUUUAGGCAUUUGGUAGUGAGUUUUGAAGACUUUUGUGUUUCCCUUAAUACAACUAUGCUUGUUAUUCCUCAAACCUCGUCGUUUUAUGUUCUAUGAUUUUGUAGACAAGAUUUUUGUGGGCUCAAUUUUUGAGUUGGUUCAUUUGCAUUUC